UGCUCCAAGAAUGCUUACGGUAAACAUGAGAUUUCGAAGUUUUUGAAGCAUCCAUCGAGUCUUCGGGGAAAGAAUUGCCUCGGUCAAACAGCGUCCCACGUCGCUGUCUUACGUCCAGACGUGCUUUCGAUGCUGCUGCAGACAUAUUCUACGUUCGAUGUUGCUGACAUUGAUGAAAACGACUUGUACGGCAACAGCCCUUUAGUUUAUGCGGCAGCUUAUGGGCACACUGAUUCAGUAAUUCAACUUCUCAAGGCUGGGGCGGACCCAUUGAAAGGUGGGCAUCUCGAAUUUCUGUACAGGGCCUUGUUCUGGGAACACUGGGACGUGGCAACCAAGCUUUCGCAUUCUUUCAUACAACCGCGUGAUUCUCUGGUGCAUUCCUCCAAAGUGAAUUACAUCAUCUCAUGGCUGGAAAAGCGCCUUUACGCGGGAAGAACGUCCGAGUUUCUCAGAAAGAAGGUCAACUUGGGAGUCGACAAGCAUAUGUUAUUUGAAGACGGCAACACUUUACUGCAUCUGGCCCAAGAUCCAAUGCAGAUUGAUUAUUUAUUCAAUGCGGGAUUCCAACAAAUUGACCACCGCAAUAAUGAAGGUGAAACUGCUCUUAUGAAUUCUAUCCCGCAUCGAAGUAGUUUGUCCAGGCACAUACUCACACGAGGUUGCAAUGCAAAUCACCGGAACGUCAGAGGCGAAACAGCCCUGUCAAAAGUCUAUGCGGAACAAUGGUUCUAUUGGAUUCCUUGUUCGACUCGUGGGAAUGAUUCAAUUCUAGAUGCUUCUUUGCUCGAAAAAAUUUCGAUGGAUCUGGCCGCCAUAGCAAACCUUCUUCAUUAUGGUGCAGAUACUUCGGUUCGAGACUGUUGUCGUUGCCAUUGUGCUCCUCAUGGGGGUCAUCCACUCCGUCGAUUGCUCCGUCCACGUGGACAAUUAAUAGGCUAUAUAUGGAUGAUGGAGUGCCUGCUGACACUGGUCGAUAUCCAAAGACGGACAAUCGCACAACAAGCAUUGUUUGAAAUUGGACGAGUGCGCGAGUUCGAACAAGCUGAGAUGACUCAUGUCUGCUGCAACAGAGAAACUAGCCGCGCUGAUGAACUCAUGGAUGAUGCAGAAGUCGAUGGAAUUAUCGAGGAGGAAAAAGAGUUUGUGGCAAUCCUCGACGAGAAAAUGAGAGAUAUAUCGUCCAGUGCAGACAGCAAAUCGAUCGAAGAGGGUUGGCUCAGUAUUAUCUUCGACUUUCGAACCCCAGACAAACCGUUUGAACGCGAGAAGUACUGGAUUGGUGCUGGUGAUGAUGAUUAUGAGCAAGUUCCAUUGACUACCAGCGCCUUGAUUUCGGGUAGCACUAUGAGCCUGGGUAUCGCUCGCGCGGACGAAGAGAAAGACAGGUACUGGUUCCUGUCAGAAGCUACAGCUGGACACGAAAUGCCGCAAAGUUCAAUCUACUCUGCGUGGGUCGAGUGGGUUUAUCAAAAUCCUGACAAAUACGAUUAUCCGCUUCCAGUGGACAGGGAAUGGUAUGAAAAAAGGAAGUAUUGGGCUACUCGACAGGCUGAGGUUCUUGAAGGGCUAUCUUGA